AUGGAUUCACAGAAGGAUGUUCAGCCUCCAAAGCAGCAGCCAAUGAUUUACAUUUGUGGAGAAUGUCAUACAGAAAAUGAAAUAAAGGCAAGAGAUCCCAUCAGAUGCAGAGAAUGUGGCUACAGAAUAAUGUACAAGAAAAGGACAAAAAGAUUGGUGGUUUUUGAUGCCCGAUGA